AUGACUCAUGCAACACCUUUUUCUGUCUUAUUAUGCCUGAUACUAUUAGCGCACCAGAUUGAAUCCAAAACAUACACCGUAACAGUGGCUGGCAAAGUGGAAUGUUGUGAAAACAGUAAUAGACCCUGUCCGAUUUAUAAAGACAGGGCCUUUGUAGAGCUGUGGGAUCGAUAUAAAGGUAAAAUACGAUGAUAUUUGCAAUAUUUUCAUUAGUUUAUAAUAAUGCAGAUACAGUAAAAUAGUUUUACAUAGAGUAAUAUAGAGUAACUUUAAGAUAAAGGCUGGGAUAAGGCUAAAUUUGAGACAAUUACUGUCAGCUCUACUUUAGUUAAGGCUAAAGUAGAGCUAACAGUAAGGUCAAGUUAAGUUUAGUGUGUAGUUGAAAUAUGGGUACGGUAGAGUUAAGUUAGGGCAAAGGCAAUGCUUGAUUAGAAGCUGAGAUAGAAGCAAAGAAAAGAGCUAGUCUAGAGUAAGGGUAAAAUAAGUUUAAAAAGGUAGGGAAAGGGCUAUAGAGAAGGGUAGGUUAAGAUAAAGUAAGGACAGAGCAAGGCUUUUAAAUUUAAUUUUUUUAAAAUUUUUAGUUGGAAGUGACAAACUUUUAAAAAAGACGGUAAAUGACCGUAACACUGGCAAUAUUUUGAUCAGUGCAACUACAAGUACUAUUCUCAACUUUGAUCCAUAUGUUAUUAUCCGACAUCAGUGUGGUUCUAAACCGGUGAGUUUAAGUUUCGCGAAAUAUUUCCAUUUAUCUUAUCACAGGAGAAACAGCCGUAUUUUACCUUUUUUUGUAAAAAGAUAACAAUGAUAUGUAACUCGUAUAAAAAUAAUUUUUAGAAAUGUUCUCGAAAGCUAACGAUACCAAUUCCAAAUGGCCAUGUCAAAACUGGCAGAACAUUCUCAAUUGAACAUCUUGAUUUGUACAAACCUCAUAUCGGUCGAAAUGAAGAUGUUUGUUAA